AUGCUCCUUCGUAACAUCAAUCCAACGAAGUUGUGCAAUGGUACAAGGAUUUGCAUCAGAAACCUCAUGCCAAACGUCAUAGAAGCGAUCAUAUUGGUGGGAAAGAUCAAAGUUUCCGGUAAGGCCUGUACUCGCUAUGACAGUAAACAAAGCGUAAGGACAGUCCCUGCGCACAGUAGGAGUGGACUUGGAAAUUCCAUGUUUUUCGCAUGGUCAGCAGUACGUGGCGUGUUCGAGGAUCGGGAGUCCGGAGACCUGUAGCA